AUCUCUGAUCUGGAGAAAGGUGUGAACAACUUGAAAAAAAGUGCCAGCUUGGAGAAGGAACGCACAAUAAAAUUAGGGAGCCACAGUCGGAGAAAUAAUUUAGUAUUUUUUGGUAUUCCUGAAGAAGUGAAUGAAACAAGCGCUAAGACCGAAUCGCUACUUUUCUCCUUUCUAGGAGACGAACUGAAGUUGAAAGAACGUGUACAUCGACUUGGUAAACGAAAUCUAAAUGGUCAGAAGCCGCGCCCGAUCAUAGCAAAGUUUAGUUUCUACAAGAAUAAAGAAUUCAUACUAUCUAACGCUUGUAUUCUAGUUGGAACAGUUUUCGGAAUUUCACAAGAUUUCCCCCGAGAGAUUGUGGAAACACGAUGA